GUUUGCGCUAGGGACUGAAUGUACAUCGCGUAGGUCCAGCUGGUUAAAAAGAAACCAGCGUUUUGAUACCUUCUUAGGAGGUUAAAUGUUCUGAGUACCUCCUCCAAAUACCCCGGUGGGGGCGGUCACCAUUUCUGGUGCGGGGAAGCUGAUUUCUACCGCUAAUUCCGCUAGCCCCGCUGAAAGCAAGCAACCUCGGUCCGGACGCAGGAGGCUCUUCUACAUUAGGGCACCCGCUGAUUUAACUGAACUAGUCAUCGCUGCGACGAUUAAGUCUCCUGGGUGCAUUGCCCCAGAGCAAGACAAGCUUCCGAGCGAAGGGCUGGUGCUGAAGCCAAACAAAACCAAAAGCAAAAGGGGCUGGUGGAGGAUCGCUGAGUGUUCACAGACCAGUGUAAAGGAGGCGAGACAAAUACCCUCCCAUUCUGGAUCGGCCCCAGACAGCCAAGAAGACCUAAUGGUAAUCCUGAAAAGGAUAUUGCAGAAAAUGGCCAAAAGCGAUAAACCCGAAAUAGCGCUGACAGUAAAAUGCCUCCAGGUUCCGCAAGCUCUCUGAAAGCAAGACCUCCUUCACGUCGCUGGAAACAGAGGUGCCCAGCUGGGUUUUGAAUGUGAACAUAAUGCAACCAAAAUGACCGUACACUCUACCGUUGCUGAUGGUAUGCGAACACAGCCCCAAAGAAGAAUGCUUACUGGCCUUGACAGGCCUUUGGGGUAGGGGGCGGGAUGUAAAGAUUUGUCCGUUUUAAAACCUGCUCUGCUAGGCUCGGUGUUGCGGGUUAGUUUCGAGCUGGCGCUGUGAGGAAAGCUCUGCCCUGAGUAUUAACGCUGUACGCAUGUGGACGCUGGAUUUCCUUCCCCAAAACGCCGCAUGCUGGAUUUUACUUAGUUUCCGGGUGCAAUUUAAGACUAUAAAGAGAGUGGGUCCGCGAGAGCUCCGAGAUCACCAGCCUUCUGCCUGCGUGUUACUGCGAUAGCAGAGGUCACCAGACACGAAAGUGUCUACUUCGCUGUAGUGCUGCUUUCAGUGACGCUGGGGGAGAAAGGAGGAGGGUAACCUCCUGGCAAACAGCUGUUGCAGCUGUGACUAGAGAGGGAGAGAGACAAACGCAGCAGCGACCCAUCUCCGCACCAACCAGUAACUCUUGAGCAAAGCUUUCCCCUCUUCCCUCAAAGGCCCUGCAUGGUAAGGACCUUCCAUGGGUGAAGAGGGCUGAAUAAGAUUCCUCUUGGAGCUCCUCAAAGACACUUCUUGUCAUAACACUGGAGCACCUCAGAGUUCUGGAAAACAGAAAUAAUAUUAAUUUAUCUUUCUUCAUUCCUGGCUUGUAGAAAAUAGCUUGAUUGGUUGUUAUGUGUGAGAGCGGAAGACAGACAUUACAAAGGGAAAGUCAUGUCAAAGACUUGUUUGCUUUUAAUUCUGAUUUAGGUCAUUCAGUGUCUGGGUCAUCCUUAGACCUUGCAGGAACAAAUUCCACAGCCUAGGUCCAGCUCCUGUGAAAGUGCGGUCUCCCAUGCUCACAAAACUCCCACUGUUGGUUGACAUUUACAUGCUUUCAGUAAAACAUAACCAUUGUGGAAGGCCCUGGUGAUCGGAGAGGAGACCUUCCAGGCAACCAAGCUGUACAAUGAACACUUAUCUCUUCAUCUAUUAUUUAAUCCAAUUCUGUGGACAUUCCUGGAUAUUUACGAAUAUGAUCAUCAGGUUCUUGUCAUUUGGGAAAGAUUCUUUGGCCGAUACCUUCUAUUCUAUAGGACUCGUAAUGCGCCUUUGUCAGUCAUUGUCCAUAUUAGAGCUCCUGCACAUUCUAGUUGGAAUUGAAGAAAACCGUUUUCUCCCAAGGUUUUUACAGAUAACUGAGAGAAUCAUCAUUUUAUUUGUUGUCAUCACCAGUCAAGAAGAAGUUCAAGGGAAAUAUGUUGUGUGCAUUUUAUUUUUCCUUUGGAAUUUACUGGAUGUCGUCAGAUACACUUACUGCAUGUUAUCAGUGUCAGGAACAUACUAUGGAGCUUUGACAUGGCUGAACUACACAUUAUGGAUUCCAGUAUAUCCCCUGUCAAUUCUGGCUAAAGCAUUUGCCAUCUAUGAAUCACUUCCUUAUUUUGAAUCCUUCGGCACAUACUCAAUCAAGCUACCAUUUCCAGUUGCCUUAUCGAUCUACUUCCCGUACAUACUAAAACUGUACCUGGCAAUGCUGUUUGUAGGUAUGUACUUCAUCACCACAUACCUCUGCUCAGAAAGGAAAGCUCAUCUAGGAGCCAGCUACAUCAAAGAGAAAAGGAGCUAAGCUGAUACCUUGUCUUGUAAUGAGGAAAAUGCUCUAGAACAUGCUAUGCUAACACAUUAUGUGGAAAUAAUUUAGACCAAGUGCUUAGUGAUCUUAUGCACCCAACUGGGAGUGCCUUAGAGGUUCCGAAUUUACAAGGGCAGGUGCUCCACACUUUCUGAAAACGAGGCCCAUUAAGGCAUCUCACAUUGGGCACUCAGAUGUAAGCAUCUCAAAUCUCCCGUCACUUUUUAAAGUCUUGGCCUCAGAGGUUACUCUAUCUUUUUCUAACAUAAAAUGACAGGUUACAAAAUGUGACAAAAAAUGUAAAUCAUAUCAGCAUUUCCUGUAUUUUAAUAAUGGGUUCCUAUCGCAGCAGUAGCAUGGAUUGUGCAUUUUAUAUCAGAGUAAAAUGUCAGUGGUAUUUUAUCAUUAUCUCACCUGUUAGACUACGUAAAUCAGAUGUACGACUAUCAUAUUUGCUGGAACUGCAAUAGAUUAUGAAGCAGAAGCUGGUGGUUCUGCAUUUUGCCACAUUCACACAAAUACCAAUAGGUAAAACUGUUCACAGAAAACCCAUCCUCCUCCACUUCCCCUCCACCCCGAUUCUUAAAGUACAUGUAAGUGACAAAUGCAGUUACAGUGUCUAUUCACUACAAGUCCUAGAAGGCAUUUAAAGUAGAAGUUAUGAUUCUAAUAUAUUUCCAGUAAACACUAUUGAAGGAUCUGUUUUUCUUAACUGUGACAUCCAGAUUAUCUUGGAACUGAAGAAACAAGACAGACACUCACUCUUACUUAACUCAUUGAAGUGUGAUAUAGUCAGUCCAAGAAAUACUCUGCUUUUAAAACUAAGAUAAUGGAUUAUAUAAACUGUGGGCCAAAUCCAGAUUGUCUCACACAUGAGAAUUGUCCCAUUGAUGUCAGUGAGGUUACUUGUGCAACAAAAGUAAUUAGGAUUUGGUCCUAUGAGGUGGGGAACUACUUAUAUGUGAAGAAGCAAGAAAAUAGGAUACGCUUUCCUUGGGGACAAAUUACUUCUCUGACUGCACAAGCUACUCCGAAAUAACCAUAGGCUGACUUGUUCCCCAUUGGUACUAUUCCCCACCACCCUUUGGGCUUGAAUAAAAGACAGAAAAAAUGAAGCAGAUUAAAGAGUGAAAUGAAAACACUUUGGGUCAUGAAAAUUCUCUUACCUAUUUAAGACUCUGAAAAAGUGAAACCUAAGUAUGCCUUUGUCAUAAGACAACAUUUGACUAACCAAUGAGGGAAGAGCAUCUCAAAUUGAUGAUUUAGUGACUCUAGGACAAGUCCACAGCCACAGCCAGGCAGCUCAGCUGUAUCUGAACUGCCCCUACCCGUGCUACCACAGUUACACUGCUAUUUAUGCUGGAACUAGCUUGAAUACAUGUACAUGAACAAAGGAAUCACAUUCCUAGCUUGUACUGUAGACAUAGCCUUAGACAGGUAAACUUAUACAUUACCUGGGAACAGUACACUAGAGUGGGUACCAUUAAACACUUUGCUUUUGCAUUCAGGUAUUAUUGUGGUGUGUAUGCUAACAUAUAGCACUUUUGGUCAGUAGAUCUCAAAGCGCUUUACAAAAGAGGUAACUAUUAUAGUAUUGCCUGUAUUUAGGAAAUAGAGCAAAUAUUAUUGUAAUGUUAUUUAGUUACAAAAGCAAAUGUGAUGUUUUUAACAAUGAUCAUGCUAUCUGGGCAGAGGAGAAUUCCCUCAGUGCAGGAUCUGAGGAAGACAAAGGACCCGCUUAAGAAUCCUGGGGUAGCAGCUGUGCCUGGUGUGGGAAGGGAGUAUCAGAGGCAGGGCUGCAGCAUGUUACCCAGCAGAGAUUCCAGACAGCAGAGCCAGCUGGGGACAUGCUGCUGUAAUGCAGACAGCCCACCUGAGGCCACUUUAGCCUCUGGAGCAGCCCAGAUUCACAAGGGCAGAAAAGGUGGAUCAAAGUGAACUUAGCACACCCCUGCCAACCCAUUCCACAGGCUGGGAGCUCUGUGCUGCAUCUCUUAGAAGCACAGCCCAGAAUCUCACCUUAUAAAUCAUAUCCUGAAAGAGUAAAAUGAUGGUGGAUCCCUAACAUUUGUUGGAAAAUGCUGAUAUUUUCCAUUUUGUUCACAUGGUAGUCUGGUCAAAAUUUUCAAACUCAGAUUGCUAAAGUAAGUUGCCUUAAGUCUAUGUUUCGGCACCCUAACAAGUGGCUUAUUUUUCAGAUGAACUUUGCACACACUCUGCCAAGUGAAGAGGGAGUUGAAAGUAUUGACUGCUUUUGAGAAUCAAGCCAUUCUUAUAUAGGAGCCUAAAUCUGAACUUAAGCCAACUUUAGGCAUUCAAAAAUGAAAUUGUUUGCUGAAGUUUGUUAGCGUAGGAAGUUACUGAUCCACAGACCUACUGUAGUUGCUGGUGCUGGCAAUUAGGUUUACCAUUUAAUUCACUGUUUUUACACUGAACCACACGUAUAUAUAAAAUCCCACCACUAAUAUUGUAUUUCAGUGUGAUAAAUUCAUAUUUACUUACUGAAUAUUUAUUUUUAAUCUGUGCAAUUUAUUUACUUAUUUUAAUUUUGAAUGAUAGCAAACCUAUUUUAAAAAAAAUCUUUGGUUGAAAAGACGGAAGUAAUUACCAAACCUGAUUUAUCUGCACACGGGCACCUGUAGCAUGUAAAUGGCUUUCAGUUUUACAGUGUGUAUAUCAGUCAACAUUGAUUCUGCACUAGCAAGGUGCAAGAUGUCGUGGGCCAGGUGUUCAAAACGCAGACACAUUUGCAGCUUCAAAAAAGUGUGUUCAGUUAAUCUCAAGCUACGCAAAGAAUUAACAGGCUGAUUUGAUGAAUCAUGCACUCAUGAUCUAGAUCAGUGGUUCUCCAGCUGUGGCCUAAUCAGCACACAACUGCGACCCCUAUGACAUCCUCAGGGCCAUAUGGAUAGUAUAUAUAUUGUGCGGAUGCGGCCCACAUAACAGAGAGCUAUAUAUGUGGCCCAUAACUGUCAAUAGAUUGAGAACCACUGGUCUAGAUGGUUCUUAAGAAUUACUACUGGCAUGUUAAUGAUAAUACAAAGGCUACAUCUACACUGUGACCUAGCGGUGUGAUUCCCAGCUCAUGUACAUGUUCCUGCACUAGCUCUCAGCAAUCAGAAUGAGAACAGCAGCAUGGCUUAGCCAUACUGAGUACAAGCCCACCUGAACCCACAGGUACAUGUACACAGUAUAGUGGAGCCAUGCCACCAUUGCUUGCGCUGCCAAGGCUACAGUACUAUUUAUACUCGCACUAGCUCGAUGAGACCUCAUAUGAGUAUGUGUACUUGAGCUGGGAAUCACAUCCCUAGCUCAAAGUAUAGACACAGCCAAAAUGAAAACACAUGUCUUGAGAAUGCAUAGGUCUACUGCAAUAUAAAGCAUACACAAGUACCAUACCCGAUUCUCACUGGUUAAAGGGUCUUGGUUAAGAGAAGUAAAUAGCAGACAUAGAAGAUUUAUUCAUUCAUUUCCACUGUUAAGAAUACUAAACUGGGAAUAGAAAUAAGAAAAUAAAGAUACUACUGUGGCAUACUAUGAAGAUGAAUACUUAACUGGGAAAACCACCAUAUCUAGGAUAACUAAAUUACACACUGCUCUGAUUGAGGUCACUGCAGUAGACACUAGGGACCAGUAUGGGAUUACUUAGUCAGUCAGUUACAGAUGACAUUUGCCCCAGUGCAGAGGGGGCUUCUUCAAGAACCUUAGCACCAAUUACGCUUCUCUUUAAUCUCCAUCUUGUGUGGACCCUUGCAUUGGGGUAUAAUUUCCCUAUUUAAGUUGAAGACAUAGGGAGCUAAAUGGUGAGACACACAAAUGGGUUAAAGGUAAGAAGUGGGACCAGGACAAUAUUAAGAUUCAGAAAGGGAACUUAUAAGUGGCAGGGCUCAAAGCCAGGAAGGUAACAUUAGAAAAAAGGAAGAGAGAAAUAAGAUUUCAAUAGCAGGAGGAAUGAAGGAGCUUAGAGGGAUGUGAGAAAAUGGGCUCGCCAAUAAGAGUAGCUCCAUAUGCUUGCUGGGAAAAAGAGAAGGAAAGAGAGAAGAAAUCCUAUGUCCUCUCAGAGACACUAAGAUGCUGAGGAGAGAACAGACGUGCCAUCUUCUUUUUAACAUGGCAAAGGUAGAAAAAACCUGCUGUUCUCUCCCUCCCCCCACACCCCAAAAGUUGAAGGCAUCUUUGGAGGUAGGGGAAGGCUAUUAUUGGGAAAUGUGGGGAGAUGGAACACUGUGUGUAAGGAAGAUGGGGUCUCCAUAGGUUUUGAAAAGCAUCCAAGCUUCUGGAAAAUUAUCCAGAUCCUAAUUUUCUGAGGCCCUGAAAAGGAAUAUUCAUGAUUAAAUUAACCUGAAAUUCAUCAAAAUGUACCCAGCAACACCCAGAUCCCACACUUACCUGGAUAAGUGUCCCUGGUAAAAUCGUUACAAGGUUGGCAACUAUGCUACUAUAAUAAAAAUAGUGUUGUUCAUGGUAUAACAACAACAUUGGAUGAUGAAUGUUAUAAUAUGGAGGAAUCAUGUUAACAAAAUUUUGUCAGUUAAAAUGAAAGCUAAUUAAAAAGCCAGAAAAAAAGAAAUGUUGUGCCUUCCAAUAAAUACACCACAUCAAACAACA